AUUGUUCUCUAAGUAUGACGGAACAACUAAACGGCCACUAUACUCAGAUAAAUGAAGAAAAUAGAUCCUCACAAGAAGUCAUAUCAACAGCAGAAUCGUCUGUAAUUCACAAUAAAACUAAGGAAAUAUCCACCGUUGCCAAAACACAACGAAAAAAAGUAUCCUUUCACGAAAACGUGACUGACAUCGACGACGAAAACGAAUCGUCUGCUUUUGAAAAUGGAGAUAAUCUUGAAGACAUUGAAGUGGAGGAGACGAAUUUAGAAGAAAUUCUAAAUGUUAGCGAAAAGAUUAACUUUUUCAAGACUGCUUUCGCUAAUGGAUCUCAAACAAAAGAUGAUAAUGGAAUCAAGUCGCUUGGUCACCAGAGUUCGAUUCCGGAGGCUAGAUUGGCUUUUGUUACGGGAAUGGUCGACAGCUCGUCAACAGGAAAUAAUUCGCGUGUCAACAACUGUGGCGGCAUUCGUGUUGAGUCUAAUGUGACGAUAGACUCAGAAAAUGUGGCACAAAAAGAUGAAGGAGAUAUUGAACUGAAAACGGAAACCUCUGAAACUAAUUUCGUCCAAGUCCCAACUUCUCCAGAAGACGUUUCAGAAAGUGCGACUGAGUCCAACAUGGCUGCGACUCAAGUGACUUUCAUGAAAAUAUUUGCUACUCCGAAAAGUCGGCACAAUAUGAUUGAAGCUGUUGUCGACACUACGUCGAUCUUAGAGCAUAGAGAAGAGUUGAGAGAACUUUGGGAAAAACGGAUGAUGGCCGAUGACAACCAGUCUUCACCUUCUUCUACAGUGGAGGAAAAAUCCAAAAUUUCAGUGGAAGAAGUGAAGGAAGAUGGAAUAAUAAAACCAAGUCAGGAUAACGAAACGACCAAACUCCAGUCCGAAAAAAUUGCCAAUGGACACGCCAAAACUCUCCCAGAGAGCGUUAUCCACAUGAAUGACACCAAUGCCAACCAUAUUCACGAAGAGCAUCAUGAAGGAUCAGAGGUUCAAGCAUCCAAGACGAUCGCCCCAGACGAAGAAGACCAAGAGAACAACAAUAGCGCCGAUUCUUUGGAAAUCGAUAAUAACAACGAGAUUUAUGUAGAGGAGAAGACAUAUACAUCCGAACUGGAAACAUCCCUCGUCGUGAAACAGGUCACAGAAGUGACCGCUAUUCCCGCGGAAGAUCACAAGGAGACAAUACACAAUGAAACCGUAUCAGAUGGAACGGUGACCACAACUACCCAAGGUGACGGUCAAACAGUAAUAAACGCAUCUCCUGAGAAGGAAUCUAAUUCAAUAGUUGAUACGCGUGAAGAAGAGCCUUCAACUGCCACUCUUGUUGAUACAGAAGUGGUGGGACAGGCUCCGGAAAAAUUGGAGGAGUCGGUUCAAGAGACUGUUUCCACCACUAAAGAGGCUCAUAAUGAAUUAGUUGAUACUAGUGUUGAAUGUGAUUCCGUAGCUGUUGCUCCCAUGAAAGGUAUAGACAUUCCAACGAAUGAUGAUGAGGAAGGGGAUGGUUUUGUACCUCUUGCUGAGUGCUUACCUCAAGAGGAGGGAUUCGAGGAUACACAAAGUAUUCCAUCGGAAGUUGCUGAAAAAGAUGUUCAUAUUGAGGAACAUAAGGCUGCUUGUGUUAAUAGCAUUAGCGAAGCAUCUGAAUCCACACCAUCGACAUCGACUCCGGAGCCAUCUGUGGAUGACAAACAGGACCAUCCUGAAAUAGAACAAUUUGUGAAAUCCGGAGGAUUGAAACGUAUUCUUCCCGGAGUCCAGAAGACUGAGCAACCCUAUAGCAGCUGCACUACAGAAACCAAGAUAGCUAUGGAGAUCAGAGAAAUGCGAGAAAGGGAAGAAGAGCUUCGUGUUAUGAGGGAACAGGCUCUGCUCUCUCCAGUGAUAUCACCUGUACCCCCUAAAAGUCCAGGAGGACGUAGUCCAUCACCUUCUGUAAAGGAUAGUGCAAGCCCCAGUCCUACACCAUCUGGCACUGGAUAUCGCGUGAGUAGUGUGUUCGGCCACAAGGGCACCAUCUCCCCAUCUCCCCCGAUAAUUGAAGAGGAAAAAAAAGUUUUCAAAAUGGCAGCCAAAGAAACGGCCGUUGAGAAAGAAAUUAGAUUAGCUAGAGAAAGGGAAGAAGAAUUGAGAAAUCAGAAAGGUCUACCACCUAGAGAGGAUGAUAGCUACGUGAAGCCAAGUCAAGUGAAAUCUUCUCAAGUACGUAUUUUUGGUAAAGCAGGGACAAAUAGUGCUUCUAUCAAGCAAGCUGCCACCGCCAAGAUUCAACUAGAAAUUGAAGAACAGACACAGAGAGAAAUGGCCCUUCGUGAAGCUGGCAGCAUUCAGACUAUCUCUCAUGAAAGAACAGAUGCCAAAGUAGCUAAGCUCAAGACUCCAGAAUGCACAACCCCUCCCCUAACUAACGGAAAUUCUCAAUCGUUCACGAAUGGCAACCACACCAAUGGUCGCCACUCUCCAGAUGUAGCUCCUUAUAAGAGGUCAAGUCCAUCCCCUACCGGAAUCGCAGGACGGCCGGCCAGCAUCUUCAGCCAAACUAACGGCAGCAAAAACAUCAGCAUGCAAAAGUUCAUUGCCAGCAAGGGCAAAGAAACGACGUUCACAAACUCUAGGAACGGUGGACCUUUCAUCUUGCCCAAAGAAGAAAAGCCAGCUGCCGUGCCUCCCACCAUGGUCAAACUGAAGAGAAAUGUUUCCGUUGAAUCUAAGAUUCAACAAGAGAUAAUGGAAAUGAAACAGAGGGAAGAAGAAUUAAAAAAGUUGCACAUGAAAAAUGAUGAAAAUUCUAAUGGAAUAGAAAAUGGUAAAGAUCAUGAAAUGAACCAGAAAAAUAACUUAGAAUACGAAAAUGGAAAUGGAAUUAACGAAGAGGACAUUAGCCCUCGUCACAACAAGCUGAUUGCACAGUGGGAGCAACGAAUUCAAAAAGCUGAAAGUUGAACUAAGUGACAAUAUCUGCGUAGCUGGAGACGAGUGUUUUUUUCCUUAAAAAAAAAAACGUGUAGACUUUUAUCAAUUUUACUGCCAGAUCCUAUGAGACUGAGUGAAAGGAAGACCGACGUGUGCCUUAUAUUAAUGGAACUUUAUAAAAAAAAUAUUUUUUUCUCUUCUUUCUUAUAUGGUCCCUGUGUAUGCUAUAAUUUCUGCGACCUUUAUAGUGUACCUUUUAAAACGCUAGAUCUUGAGUAUUUUUUUAUGUAAGCAGAAUAUACUUUGAUAUGUAGAACAAACAAAAUGAUGAUGUGUGUAUACUUUAAACUAGAAUAAUUCACCUUAAUUCCGGUAAUUAGGUGACGUUUUAUGUUACUGAAAUUAAUAAAAAUAUGCUGUAAUCACAUCCUUAUUGUAAACUGUACAUAUCAGAUAAAAUAAAUUCUUAGUUUUCAAAUAAAUGUUUAUUUUACUGUAA